GGGAUUUAACCAUCGCAACCCCAGACCCCAGGUUGGGGUUGGACGGACGGCUGGAGGACGGUGGACCUACACAUCCCCUGAACAGCGAGUGACAUGUCCUGGUAAUCCUGGAGUGUGUGGGGUUGUCGUGCGCUUUACGGAUCAUUUCCGCCCCGACAAUAACAUCAACAUCGUCGCCGUGGGUGGUGACUCCGAGGCGGACGGUGAAACCGCCGGGCAGUUUUCUUAAUAUCGGGGAGUCAGGAUCAUUAAGGGGACGAGGGACGGAAUAUAACGACCGAUGGAGAGAGAUAGACGAGAGAUGAUUGAUUUCUAAUCUCUGAAUGGGAGUCACGGAGAGUCUCACAGAUAUGAGAUCUCCACUGUGGGGAUUGUCACCCAGAGUCUUACUCUGUCGGGGUGGAAAGAGGAGAAGAGAGAGAGCGCGCGUCGUAACCUCUAUCUCAACCCGCCUGGCUUACCGAGUAUGGAGAAAGAGUCUUAUCUCUGCUGGUCCCCCCUCGGACUCCACAGACCAGCUGACAUCAGCUUCUCUCCACCCAGUUCAUCCUUACUCCUUCAGUCACCGUCUUGUCUCUCCACCUCCACCGUUGGAGACUGACCCCAAGACUUCCAAAGAUCAGGGGAACGGCGGCAUGAGACUGAAUGAGACUGGAUCUUUCUGGACACGACCGAUGCAGCCGGGAUGCCACGUUGGUGGCUCGGAAGUCCGCGCCCCUUGCAUGAUCGCAUGGUCGCAUUCGUCCAGGCCAGAAUCGACCGGCUCGGCGUGAACGCGGUGAGGGGGCGCAGUCCCAUUGGUUCAUGGACGCCAAGACGCGAC